AUGUCGCCCUCAACCCCAGAUCCCGGCACGCCCACCGACUCUGGUGGACCAACACCCGUCUCCUCGCGUCUCGACUUGACAGUCCUCCCGCCAACCCCUACGCGUCUAUUACGCGCCGCCACGGACCCGAAUUUCGCCGCUUCCAGCGAGACGAGCCGCCUCCUCGCCACCAAACACCCAAAGUACUGGGACGCGGCGGACAGCGACGACGACAGAGGCAGAGGACGGAGCAGUGGGGCUGGUCAUAGAUCUGCGUCUGAGGCGAGUACGCAGCGUCUGCAGAAGGCCACGAGGGUCGCACACAAGAUCCGCCAGCGGUCCAAGUACUAUGUUCCUGUCACCGAGUGGCUGCCGACAUACUCUUGGUCCCUGUUCGCAGGAGACGUCGUAGCUGGUAUCUCGGUUGCUUGCCUCAUGGUCCCACAGGCCAUGUCUUAUGCUACGAGCUUGGCCAAGCUCACUCCCGUUGCGGGGCUGUGGUCGUCGUCGGUGCCCAUAUUCCUCUAUGGUCUGCUGGGUACUAGUCGCCAGCUGUCCAUGGGCCCCGAAGCAUCGCUCUCUCUCAUGUUAGGCCAGCUGAUCACCGAGCUUGUAUGGGGCGACCCGCACAAUACGCCCGAGAACCCCGAACUUGAGGCCGCAGCCAUUUCCGUCAUUGCGACGUUCCAGGUCGCCCUUAUCACCGGCGUCCUCGGCUUGCUGCGCCUCGGCUUCCUCGACGUCGUUCUCUCCCGCGCUCUCCUCCGUGGCUUCAUCACCGCCAUCGGCGUCAUCAUCUCCAUCGAGCAGAGCAUCCCGCUUCUCGGCCUGACGCAGGUCCUGCACGACGCUGGCGACCCGCCGAUCCUCCCGAUCCCCAAGCUCAUCUUUAUCAUCAGGCAUAUCACACAGUCGAACCCGAUCACGACCACCCUCUCUGCUUGCUCGCUCUCCUUCCUCAUCUUCGGCAAGGUCCUCAAGCAGCGCGUGAAGAAGACGCCCGGGGGCGCGUGGUUACGCUUCGUGCCAGAGAUUCUUCUCGUUGUCAUCUUCACUACCCUGUUCACGUCCAUCUUCCGCUGGGAUCUUGACGGCGUCGACAUCCUCGGCAAAAUUCAGACGACGACUGGCAGUCCGUUCGGCCUCCCGCUCUCGUCACUUACCAUGAAGUACUUCAACGCGACGUUCCCAACCGCGUUCGUCAUGGCGCUCGUCGGCGUCGUCGACUCGAUGGUCUCGGCCCGUGAGAACGCGACCAAGUACAGCUAUGCUGUCCACCCGAACCGCGAGCUCGUGGCCUACGGCGCCACUAACCUCGUCGCGUCGACACUCACGUCUACGGGCUGCCUCCCGGUGUUCGGUUCGCCCACGCGCUCGCGCCUGAACGGAGAGACAGGAGGCCGCACGCAGAUGGCGUCACUUAUAACGUCUACGCUUGUGCUCUUGUCCAUUUUCUUCGUCAUUCCCUGGCUGUUCUUCCUCCCACGCUGCGUCCUCGCGGCGAUCAUUACCACGGUCGUGUAUGGCAUCCUCAACGAGGCACCGCACGACGUCAUCUACUACUGGCGGAUGCGCGCAUGGCCCGACUUUAUCCAGAUGGCGGGCACCUUCCUGCUUACGAUCCUGUUCAGCAUCGAGGUCGGAGUCGUCGCUUCGGUUGGUUUCUCCCUCCUACUCGUCAUCCAGAACUCGACCAAGCCGCGGAUCAAGAUUAUUGGCCGCCGCCCGGACACGGACGACUGGGUCCCCAUCGACGAGGACGACGAGGCGUCGGAGGAGAUUCCAGGUGUGCUCGUUGUUCGCAUCCGCGAGCCCCUCUCGUUCGCAAACACCGGCGGCCUCAAGGAGCGCCUGCGCCGUCUCGAGCUCUACGGUCCUCAGAAAAGCCACCCGUCAGACGCGCCGCUCCGCGAGUCUGCCAAGGCAGUCAUCCUGCAUAUGGGCGACGUAGACGAGAUCGACGCCAGCGCACUCCAGAUCCUAGCUGAGCUUGUACACUCGUACCAGGAGCGCGGCGUAGGCAUCUACUUUGCGCACCUCCACCCGCAGCAGCUUGAGCAGUUCCGCAUCGUCGACAUCCCGCAGACGCUCGGACCAUCGAGGUUCCACCCGGAUGUACGCAGCGCCAUGCUCGAGGUCGAGUCGCUCGGUUUCGGCAACCGCUCGGCACCCUCGCGCUUCCUCACCCACCGCUCCAGCGCCAACAACAUUGCUUAG